AUGUCAUCGGCCGUAAAACUUGCGGAUCGAUACCUGAUGACAAAAAGGCUAGGAGAUGGAACAUUUGGCGAAGUCAUGUUGGCCAAAAAAAUCGAUACCGGCGAUCGAGUAGCUAUCAAACGAAUGAAAAAGAAGUUCUACAGUUGGGAAGAGGCGAUGAGUCUUCGAGAAGUGAAAUCACUGAAGAAAUUGAAUCACCCGAAUAUUAUUAAAUUGAGAGAGGUGAUCCGAGAAAAUGACAUACUGUACUUCGUUUUCGAAUUCAUGCAAGAGAAUCUCUACGAAUUGAUGAAGGACCGAGACCGUUACUUUCCGGAGUCAGUAAUCCGAAAUAUUAUCUAUCAAGUGCUCCAAGGACUCUCGUUUAUGCACAAAAACGGAUUUUUCCAUCGAGAUAUGAAACCAGAAAACAUCAUGUGCAAUGGAACAGAGCUAGUGAAAAUCGCCGAUUUCGGAUUGGCCCGAGAGAUUCGAUCUAAGCCACCGUACACCGAUUACGUGUCAACUAGAUGGUAUCGAGCACCAGAGAUCUUGCUCCGAUCCACUUCUUACAAUUCUCCAAUCGAUAUUUGGGCCCUCGGAUGUAUUAUGGCUGAGCUCUACAUGCUCCGCCCACUCUUCCCUGGAACAUCCGAAAUGGAUCAGUUAUUCAAGAUUAUAUCGAUCCUAGGGACUCCUAAUAAGGACGACUGGGCCGAGGGAUACCAGCUAGCAUCGGCGAUGAACUUCCGGUUUCAACAGGUGGUAGCCACUCCAAUGGAGCAGGUUGUCAACACAAUUAGCAAGGAAGGAAUGAAAUUAAUGAUGGAUAUGAUGUUGUGGAAUCCGGAAAAACGGCCGAACGCCAAUCAAAGUUUGAAAUAUAAAUAUUUUCAAGUUUCCGAAAAACUCGGAGCACCAGUUGUCAGUCAGCCGGCACCCGGAAUCACACGAAAAAUGAGUGCGGCUUCUGUCAAAAGCGACACCAAGGCGAUGACGGCAAAAGCGGCCAAGGUAAAAGGACUACAUUGGUUCCGAAAACGUCUCUCCACAACAGCCACCACCAAAAGUCAUCGAACACCCGACCCGAAACCGUUGGCGCCAUCGAAAACGAAUGAGACAAAGCCGACGGCGAAGGAGAUUUAUAUGUCAAAGAGUAAAUAUGUUCCAGGCCAAGUAUCAAAAGACCCUCAUCAUCAUAACCAAAUCAUGACAACGAAUGGACUGACGGGAACUACAAAAACGACAAAUUUCAGUGCCAAAAAAGAGGGACGAACAGCCGUUCAGACAAGGUUCGAGUAUGCGUACGGAUACAUCCCAAACUUCGGAGCAAAACCGACCAAUGCAAAUAACAAAAGUGCAUCGCCAAAUCACCAUUCAGCAACGUCGCCAAACAAACUGACCAACGCGGGUCGCGUUGAUUGGGCAUCGAAGUAA